AUGGCUGAUCCCGUGAGCUACGGUAGCAUCGAGCGAGACAUCAAACAGGCUCUAAUUUCGUUGAAGAAAGGAGCUCAAGUCUUGAAGUAUGGUCGGAAAGGAAAGCCUAAGUUCUGCCCCUUUAGACUCUCCAAUAUGGAUACAUUGAGUUUGAACAAUGAUGAUGGCUACGCGAGUGACAAUGGGGAUUCAGAACAGGAAAUGGAUGAGAACAAUCCUGUGGUGGACGAGUCUCUGAUGAGUACAGCCGAGGUGAAAGGUAAACACAAGCGUAGACACUCUAAGUGCUGGAACAUUUUUACUAUAGAAGGAGAUAGGAUGCCUGAUGGAAAAUUUAAAUGUGUUUGCAACUACUGUAACCACUUCUACAUCCUAGACUUACAUAAAAGUGGAACCAAUACCCUUCUUCGCCACUCAAGAACCUGCCCUAAAACCCCUAAUAACACAUGUCCUAAGAUCGAUCAGUUGGUGUUUCGAGAAAUGAUUGUUGUGGCUAUUGUCGAGCAUGAUCUACCUUACGCCUUUGUUGAGUACAGAAGAGUUCGAGAAGCUUUGCAUUAUGCCAACCCGACCAUAGAGUUCUGGUGUCGAAACACGGCGGUUUCAGAUGUUUUUAAGAUCUUUGAGAGGGAGAAAAUGAAGCUCAGGCAGGUGUUGAGUGAAGUUCCGGGUAGGAUCUGUCUAACGACGGAUCUAUGGAGAGCAAUAAUAAUCGAAGGUUAUCUCUGUCUUACUGCCCACUAUGUCGACGUUGAGUGGAACCUUAGAGCUAAGAUCCUCUCCUUUUGCGCUUUCCCUCCACCCCAUUCUGGUCUGGCCAUUGCCAUGAAACUAAUGGAGCUGAUUAAAGAAUGGGGCUUGCAGAAGAAGGUCUUCACAGUAACCGUAGACAAUGCGUCCUCUAAUGACAACAUGCAAGGAGUUCUCAAGAGGCAACUUAGAAAGGAUUUAGUCUGCAGUGGAGACUUGUUUCACAUCAGGUGUGCUGCUCACAUUCUGAAUCUCAUUGUCCAAGACGGAUUAUCGGUGAUAAGUGACGCCUUGGAGAAGAUCAGAGAUAGCGUUAAGUAUGUCAAGGUCAGUGAGUCUAGAGAGUUGUUGUUUCAAGGCUGUGUGGAGACUCUUGGGAUUGUUAAGAAAGGUGGUUUGGUUUUGGAUGUCACUACGCGGUGGAACUCAACCUAUCUGAUGCUGUCUAGGGUUCUUCACUACAAAGACGCAUUUAGGAAUCUUGCAGAAAUCGAAGCAAGUUACAAGAGCUUACCUACAGAGUCUGAGUGGUUAAGAGCUAGGCUGAUUUGUGAUUUGUUACAGCCGUUUGAUGAGAUGACAAGGCUCAUUUCCGGCUCUUCUUACCCUACCGCGAAUCUGUACUUCAUGGAAGUAUGGAAAAUUCAAAGUUGGUUGGGUUCAAAUGAGUUCCAUGAAGAUACGGUGAUUGCUGAUAUGGUGGCUUCCAUGAGGUUGAAGUUUGUUAAGUGCUGGGAAGAGUACAGCAACAUUUUAGCCAUUGCAGCAGUGUUAGAUCCUAGGCUAAAGUUCAAGGGCUUCUAUGAGUUCUUUUCUCAACAAGCAGGAACAAGGAAAUCUGCUUUGGAUUUGUAUUUGAGUGAACCUGUGCUUGAUAUGGUUGCAAAUCAAAAGUUAGAUGUCAUCAAGUAUUGGAAGAACAAUUUAAACCGGUUUAGGGAGCUAUCUCGAAUGGCAUGUGAUGUCAUAUGCAUCCAAAUAACAACAGUGUCGUCUGAGUCAUCCUUCAGUGUGGGAAGUCGGGUUCUUAGCAAGUACAGGAGCCGCCUUCUUCCCUCAAAUGUCCAAGCUUUGAUUUGCGCUAGAAACUGGCUUCGUGGUUUUGAAGUGAUUGCUGGAUGCGAUUUAGAUGAGGAAGGUAAGGAAGAUGCCAAUGAGGAAGCCGAAGGAAGUGGAAAGAAGAAGAAGACCCGACUCAACUAA